UCUCACAUGGGAUCCAAACAACUACUCACAAGUGGUCGAAGUUCGAGUGCCUGCCAAACAAAUAUGGACACCAGACAUUGUGCUUUAUAAUUAUGCGGACGAGAGACUGAAGGAAAUGCGUGAUGCAAUGGUGGUUGUGCAGUACGACGGGAGUAUCAAGUGGAUGCCGCCAGCAAUUUUCAAAUCCAACUGUAAAAUCGAUAUCAAGAGUUUUCCGUUCGACGAGCAAACGUGUCACAUGAAAUUCGGCUCCUGGACAUAUGAUGGCAACCGGCUCGAUGUUUCAUUUAUUUCAGACGAAAAGCACAUACUACUCAACGAUUACACCGAGAGUAACGAGUGGGAGAUUAUCGCUAGACCGGCGAUGCGUAAUGUCAAAUACUACCCAUGUUGUGUGGAACCAUAUCCAGAUCUAACCUACUUUUUAUUCCUGCGAAGGAAUGCGGCCUUUUUCUCCUAUAUCUUGGUUCUUCCUUGCGUCCUGCUGUCCUCAUUGACCUUGGUCAUCUUCUGGCUCCCACCUGAGUCUCCAGCCAAAAUGGUCUUGGGAAUGAACAUCUUUGUUGCAUUCUUUCUGCUGCUACUCCUGCUGGCGGAUUCAACUCCACAAGCUUCAACCAGUGUGCCAUAUAUCGGUAAUUCAUUGUCUCUGUUCCUGUUUUUGUGCUUAGCAUCAUUUGGGCAGUUUAUGUCCAUAGAAGUUUUCAUUACAGUGCUCCCCUCUUAG